GGCCCUUGGUAGGUAAGAAGUAUCAAAAACGCGUAUUUUUCCAACUUUUGACGUCCGAGGAUAAAACAAUGGUAAAAGUCGCUGCUUUUGCGUGCGGUGUAGCGAGUAGUGGAAAGAGUACGUUUUGUGGGUCUCUGAUUUCGUAUAUGAAAAGCAUUGGGCGGACGUGCCAUUUGGUAAAUUUGGAUCCAGCAGCAGAGAAUUUUCAAUGGGAACCUACAGUGGACAUUCGUGACUUGAUUAGUUUGGACGAUGUGAUGGAAGAAUUGGACUAUGGCCCAAACGGUGGCUUAAUUUACUGCUUUGAGUUUUUGAUGGAAAAUUUGGAUUGGUUGAAUGAAGAGUUGGGCGACUAUGAUGAGGAUUAUUUGAUUUUUGACAUGCCUGGGCAAAUUGAAUUGUAUACUCACGUACCUAUUCUGCCGACAUUGAUACGACACUUACAAAUGACUUUGAACUAUCGACCAUGUGCAUUGUAUUUGCUGGAAAGUCAGUUUCUCGUUGAUCGAGCCAAGUUUUUCGCUGGUGUCCUUAGUGCCAUGAGUGCUAUGGUUAUGUUGGAAAUCCCUCAUCUCAAUUUACUCAGUAAAAUGGACUUACUAAAGGAUAAUAGCAAUAUUAGCCGCGCUGACUUGAAACGAUUCUUGAAUACAGAUCCUCUUCUGUUGACCGGCGAAAUUAAUGAAAAGAUGAAUCCCAAAUAUCAUGAGUUGAAUCAAUGUAUCGUGCAAUUGAUUGAUGAUUUUAAUAUGGUAAACUUCAUCCCAUUAGAAAGCCAUAACGAGGAAAGUAUAGAGAAAGUUCUUGGAUACAUUGAUGAUGCUACGCAAUGGCAUGAGGAUCAAGAGCCUCGAGAUCCUGAUCGAAUUGAAGCUGACGAUGUUGAGCCUGGGACAGGAGAAGUGGAUGAUGAAUAAGAAAGUUGAUAAACAUGGUAUCAAUUGGGUUUAGGAAAAUUUUUUUGCAAAUUAUAUAAAUAUUAUGGUUUUGUUUUAUG